UUACCUGGGGUGUCCGGGUGGCUUGGCCCUACCCUGGGGGCAGGAGGUGGGUAAAGAAGGCUUUGGUGGAAGUGUUUGGGGGGGGGGGUGCUAUAGCUGCACUUUUUUGGGUACAAAUGAUAAUACAAUUAAGUACAGUCAUAUGCAGAGGCUGCUGGGAGUUGUAGUUCAGUAACAGGGAGGGGUCGGGGAGUGAUGUUUGGGAAUAAGGUGAGUGACACAAAGUACACAGGUGAGUCGGGGGGGGCAGAGGCUGCAAAUGGUUUCGGUUUCCCUGUUAGCACCUCCCCCUGGACAUUCCCCGAGGUGUCACUCCCCGCACUCCCCGCAGCUCCUGUGUCAUUCCCUCCUGCAGCUCCUGAGUGUCAGUCUGUAGCAGUGGCCGUGUAACAGUUGGCACAAGUGUCACAUUGUUGGAGUGUGGGAAGAAGAGGAGCCGACAUGUCCCUAGAGGUUCCAGCCCUGGGUCGCCCCUUCUCACUGGGCAUGUUGUACGACUGUCGCACCGACUCCCUUAUACCAGGCAUGACCCUGUGGAAGAGAGAAGCUUUAGAAAAAGACGUGUCCACCAGAUCUCAGAACAACACAUCAUUUGAAGUUCUGGCCUCAGACACAAUUUCUGAUAAGUCUUCAGCUCUGAGUCUGGGGCUGUCACUUAAGGCCAGUUUCCUCUGUGGUCUCAUAGAGGUGGGGGGGUCUGGGAAAUUCCUGAAAGAUAUGAAGAGUUCCAGCAAGCAAGCGCGAGUGACUCUCCAUUACUCCAGAACAACAAGUUUUGAGCAACUCAGCAUGAACCAUCUCUCCAUGGAGAACAUGGCCUACCACAAUGUCUUCAGCAAAGUGACAGCCACCCAUGUGGUGACCGGGAUACUUUAUGGUGCUCAAGCCUUCUUCAUAUUUGACCAAGAAGUGUCCCCUAAAGAGAGUGUCCAGGAUGUGAAAGGCAAUCUCCACACCAUGAUCAGGAGAAUUCCCCAAGGUUUAGAUCUUGAUAAGAUGAAUGGCAAAGUGAAAGAUACGGUGAGCAAAUUUGGCUGCAAAUUUCAUGGGGACUUUGCAUUGGAAAGAAACCCAGUCAACUAUGAGGAUGCCAUUAAGAUCUAUGCCAGCCUCCCACAGUCACUGGGCUCCAAACAAGAGAAGGCCGUGCCCAUGACAGUCUGGCUCUACCCUUUGAACAAACUGGAUAGUAAAGCUGACCAGCUGGUCCGAGAGAUCAGAGAGAACCUGGUGUUCAGGGCAGAAGAGGUGGUACAGCAGAUGGUGGAAGUGGAAAUGCAGUGCAAUGAUCUAAUGAAACAUCCGGCUGCACUCUUGUUCCCUGAAAUCAAAAGGAAAAUCCGCCAGUUCAGCAGUCAUUGCCAGCAGUUCACACUGAUGUUUCAGAAGCAGUUGGCACAAGCUCUGCCCUCAGUUCGAGGUGGUAAAUUAGAUGAAGAUGCCAUGGAGGCAAUUUUCACUAGAAAAGAACAAUCUCCCUUUAGACAUUAUUACAUCACAGACUUCUUAAACAAGAAACAGCAGGCGCUGCAUGUGAUUGGCUCUUACCUGAAAGGUCUCCCCAACAUCUUGGUGGUUCCCACAGAAAAUGAACUUAGACAAGUCCUUACUGACCAGGAAACAGAAUAUACCGUGUGCUUCAACUUCUCUUCUGUAGGUGCCAGUGAACAAUACUUGUUAGAUGUCAGCGAUUGGCUCCAAACCAAUAAACAUCACUCGGAGGAAAUGUAUCAAAUGCCCAACUUGGUGCCAUGGUUUGAAGAGAAAAGUCUGCCCAGAAAGGCCAGGCAGUACGUGAGAGAAUUUCAAGCAUUCGCAGACAUGAAUUUGACCUGUAAAGAGAUGAAGUUUGUCGUGGCUUCUGUCGUAGACAUGGGAAAUCCUGGGAUAUCUAUUCAUUUGUAUGAAGGUGGAGAUCUGGUGUACGCAAAGUUUGAGCCCCCAGCAAAACCCCAUACCCCGAUGAUAACCGUGAAAACACAUGACACAGUAGAGUUCACCCCACAAGCAGCCGACUUUGGGAAAGAUUCCAUUGAAGGUUACAGAGUCGAAUACAAAUGCACAGAGGGCGAUGCCUGGGUUUGUUGGAAUAUGGAGCAAAAUGAGGGAAAAAUAACCAUUAUGGGACUGAAAGCAAAUUCCUGUUACCAGUUCAGAUACUGUGCCGUGUGUAAAGCAGGUGUCAGCGUCCUGAGUGGGGUCACUUCCCCCGUGAGAACCCUUCCCACCAGUCCUCCUGGAACCCCAGAUAUCACAGCAGAACCCCAGGCCAUUACAGUAUUUUGGAGAGCCCCGUUGCUUGUGGGAGAUGGUGCCAACAUAAAACAGUACAGGGUUGAAUAUAAAGAAGAGAGUUCGGAUACUUGGCUUGAGCAGCAAACUGGAAGGAAUAUAAAUUGCUGUGUUAUUGAGGGACUUAACACUAAUACAAAGUACAGAGUCCGUGUCAGUGCCAUGUGUGGAGUCUCUGGAGAGAGCAUGGCAAGUGAUGAAGCCCAGGCUGUGACUCCAGCAGAAGAACCAGUUAAAGCAGCGCACCAGAUGGUCACGGCGAGUACAUUGAUAAAGGCUGGACCUCCCAGUGUAUACCAGAUCCAACCAGAUUACUUCAGAUUUGGAUAUCACCAGUACACACUGGGUAAAGAAAACCCACGAAAAAUGAAUAAAGUCAUCUUGUUAGUGGGAACCAAAGGCUCAGGAAAGGCAACGCUAAUCGAUGGGAUGGCCAACUACAUCUUUGGAGUGGACUUGGAAGACGACUUCCGCUUUAAGCUCACACAAAGUCAUGCAAGUACCACCCUGAAAUCUUCUCAAGUCACGGUGUACAAGAUUCACUAUGAUAGUGCACAUCAGAUAACAUAUUCCCUCACGGUGAUAGACACGCCUACAUUUGAUGCCACUGAAGGAGUUGGCUUGGUUACAAAGAUCACAGAGGCCAUCCAUAUAUUUCUUACAAGUGCCAACGACAUUGACCACAUCAAUGCCAUCUGCUUUGUAGUCCAGGCUCCAUCUGCUCAGCUGUCUCCGACCCAGAGACUUUUGUUCCAUUCUGUGUGCUCCAUGUUUGGAAAAGAUAUCAAAGACAACAUUAUGAUCCUCGCUACCCAUGCAGAUGGUCAGAAACCCCCUGUAUUAGAGGCACUCAAAGCCAAUAAUAUUCCUUCUGCUGUAGACAGUGAUGGAGACCCACUCCACUUCAAAUUCAAUAACUCUUCCCUGUUUGCCACCAACAAGCCAAAAAAAGCAGCACUAAGCAAAUUGUUCUGGUCCAUUGGAAAAGAAAGUCUUGCCAUUUUCUUCAGGUACCUAAGGACAACUGAGGCAAAGAGUCUGGAGCUGACCAAGAAAGUCCUCAAGAAAAGCAAAGAACUGGACAUGGAGCUUAAUGAGUUGCUGUCAAUGACUCAGGUUGACCAGUUGAUAAAACAGGAGGAAAGGAUGGAGAUACAGAGACUUCUACAGGAGGCCAAUGACAUUAUCAAGGCCAACCAAGAUUAUGAAUAUGAAGAGGAGACCCAAGAGGAAACCUUAGUGGCACUUGAUGAGGUUAUCUUGAAUUGUCCCAAAUGUGACUAUGUGUGCCAUUUCUCCUGCACUUGUAACAUCACUGAUGAAGAUAAGUCCAAGUGUUCAGCAAUAGACAAGAAAGGUCUUUGCACAGCAUGCCCUAAUAAAUGCCAAUCCAGGGUCCACUACAUUCAGAAGUUUGCUACUGCCUAUGUUCAGAAAAGACAGAUUGCAACCAACUGGCAGAAGAAGGAGAAGUGCGACAGAGCUUGUGCACAAACGGAGUCGUUAUUAGAAAGGAGGCAAAUUGUAGAUGAGGGAGACUACACUACGGCAAGAACCACUCAACUCACCCAGCAAUGCCUCCAAAAUAUGAAGCUUCUCAGACAACUUUCCCUUACUCCAGACCCCCUGCACUCUACUAAACACAUUGACUUGCUCAUAAAGGCGGAGCAAGAGGAGUCCAAUCAGGGCCACCAGCAGAGGGUUAAGGCUCUUAUAGAGGCGAAACAAAUAGCUGAAAUUGUAGAAAAGAUUGAGGCUGGUCUCUGUGAGACAUAAAGACUGAUACCAUGAGAGACUUGAGAAUACUGUAUAAUAAAUGCUGCACCCCUAUAAAUGCA